GAAUCCGUUCGGACUGUUCGGAGAGAGCGUGCGCGGAGAUGACAGACGGGCGUGCGCGCGCACGCACGCACGCAUGCACAACCUCCUUUUCGUCACGGAAAAGACAACAAGCGAUAAAAAGUCGCCCACACCGUCGUCGCUGACCUGAACGAGUUUGAAUCGCACUCUCUCCAGUGUCCGGACAUUGUAUCGGAAACGUCGACGACGACGUUCUCACAGGGAGAAACGGAGUUUCUAGUGUUUCUACUGUCAAAAUUUGGAGGAGGCGUGUAUCGUUAUAUGAGAAGACGCGAAGAUUUCUCGCUGACACAUUUUACUGUGAGUGAGAUUCGGGUGCGCAUCCUUCGGGGCGACGACUUUGCGCAAUUCGACGACUCCGUCAUCGUUCGCCACAAAUCACUAGACUGGCAAAGAUAUGUGAUUAAUAGAUCGCCUUUUUCUUAUACCACCAUCACCUCUCCAUCAGGUCGGUGCGCGUACGACGACACGCGACGCGCCUCUUUCAUUUUAAAUAUAACGGUUUAUAAAUAAGUAUGAGCAAUAGCGGGAGUGCGCGGUGGGGCUGAUUUUUCUUUCCAUUCGCGCGUGUUUAUCCACGCGCUCUCCGCGCGCAAGAGAGAUAGAUCUACGUAGUGAGAGAGAAAGAGAGACGAAGUGAGCGUCGGAUGCAUUCAACAACCGUAACUUUUUUCCUGUGUGCCCUUUGUGCACGUAAACGCCGCCGAAACCCCAUCAAGGUGAAACUCUUGAUAUGAGCACACGAGGGUGAAUCGUUAACACACUAGCAUGUCUGACAAGAAUGUCAUCAAGGAAAAUAUGAAAGUCCAAAUCGAGAAAUUUGUAGAUACAUUCAUACUUCUGCAAGCAAAAAUUUAAAUCAGUUGUAUAGUUUUAAAUGAUGAGGAAUAUUUAUCACCAGAUCUCGACUAAGCGUAAACUCAACAGUCACCUGUGUAUCCUGUACACAAGAAAUAUACGUGAUGCUGUUGUUCCCAAACUGUUUGCAGCUGCGCAACAAGCUGCAGUACGACGAUAAGGAUUGUCCUGAAUGUACCGAUGCCUGUAUAAUGUUAGAAGAAUUCUGCAUAUUUGCCACAGAACUGGCACGUCUGUGCGAGCGAGGAACGGCAGCUGUUCCUAUGAAUGCCUCUCGCUCAUUACACGGUGAUGGAAAGGACACCAAUCACAAAACUGGUUCAAAGAGGAUGGCAUAUGAGGUAUUUUUGGGCGGGUCUUGCAAUCCAACUACCUGGAGGUCAGACAUAGCGAUCCCGACCCUUCAGAACCUCGGAAUUACUUACUACAAUCCUCAAGUGUCGCAAUGGGGUCCAGAGUUGAUAGCCCAGGAGUACGAGGCGAAGCAGACGGCGCGGGUCUUGCUAUUCGUUAUCGACAACCAGACGCGCAACAGCGCGGGUAUUAUUGAAGCGGCUCAACUGGCAGCUACGCGCAGCGAAUCCCUGGUGCUCGUCAUUUAUCCGUAUCGCCAGGGGCAAACUAUACUAGGAGAGACCGUUUCUACACAAGAAUAUUACGAUUUGAUGAAUGGAUUGUUGGUACUUCAAUAUCUAAUGGAGAGACAAAGGAUACCGAUAUUCGAGAGCGUUUCAGUUGCUCUUCACUGCACAUCCAAGAUGUUACGCGAAGAGAUCAAUGUGCAGGACUGUACGGAUUUGUAUACUGAAGAUGGCAUCAGACCUAUAAGAAUCUCGCUUACUCAGAAUGGGACGGAUGCAGUAACGUUGCGAGAGAUUUUCAAAUCUAUGAAUGUUGAUGACAGCGGUACGAUAAAGUUGGGGGAAGCUUGGGUGACGUUGCAGUCGAACACAACAAUGUGCAACAAUAUGCCUUUCUCGGAUUUGCUCAACACAGUAAAUAAAUCUGAGAUGUACAGAACAUUGAUAGACGGAUUUCCGGCGAACGGCGAUCCGACAGAAUUUCGAAUCAAUUUCGAGCAGUUCUGUGCUCUGGCCAACGAGUUGUCGUGGACGCGGACGAAGAGUAAUGGCGUUUCUUGUGAAAGUGAGAUACCUUCAGUAUGGAAUAUAUUUUGUAGGAAGGCUUCAAAUUUUCUGCGCCGAGCUAUUGUACAUCCCUUUAAUCGUUUUCUAGAUUGGACUAAUUCCUUCGCACAGGAGUCUGAGAAGAGAGACAUUUACAUCGGCGUGGUCAAUAAAGAUCUGUUUUGGUUGGAAUCUUCCGCAGUGCCGCUGAUAGAGUCGAUGAGAUUGUCUCUAUAUCGAUCAAGUCUGAACGAGUACAACGUAAGGGUACUGCCGCAGGAAUUACACAAGAUGAAGAAUUCGCGGCUGAUCCUGCUGAUAGUGCCGCAACAUUCGCGCGGAAUUGCUAUUAUGGCGUUGGCAGCUCAUUUGAUUGGACUGCGCGCUAAGCUCAUCCUUUGUGUUCAGACUCUUCCCGAGGAUUCGAUCGUGUCUGGUGAAAAACUGACUGAACAAGCCAGAAAAGAUUACAACCGGGGGAGGAUGUACCUGUCGGAUUAUGCGACGCGCGAAGGUGUACCUGUUUUUCAGAAUAUCGCUGAUGCUUUGCAACACGCGAUACAGUUAGUUCAAAGUCCUUGUUGACUUAAUUGCUCUUUACUAUUUUUUUCUAUUAUUUUCGUACGAAUAAGCUCCACGGUUCGAUGAUUAAUUUAUUUUUACUCUUAACAAUGUCCAGCUACCAUUUGAGAUCCACGCUAUGGAACGUACCAUAGGUAUAAUGAUGAUGAUGUUUGCAUUGCCACUAUUAUUUCUAUUAAGGGUGACUAUACCCUACUCGUAGUAACUAGUGUCGUCAUUGGCAUACACAAGAGAUGAUUCUUCUUAUGAUGUAUCUUAUCAUUAUCGUUUUAUCAAUAGAUAAAACUCUCAUACUAUUUACAUCCUUAACGAGAUAUUGUUCAUCUGUGUGUUAUUAUUAUUACUUAUUUUUAAAUUCUUGACGAAGUUAAAACACAGGCAGUCAAGAUCUUUUAUUUCCAUCAAGAUAUUCCACAUUUAUUUUUAUUAUUAUUACUAUUUAUUAUGAGCACAGAACAUUUCUUGAGCAAUUAUUUUUACUUCAUAGGUCAAAUACACAACUUAUUUUAUUUUAUUAUUUUUUUUUUUUUUUUAGAGAGCUUAUAUACACCAUAUUUUAUACUAGCUAAAUGCAUCGAGCAGCUAAUUGUUUUAUUAUUGUUUUCUUUUUUUUAGUGUUUUUAUUACUAUGUUCUUCUCUUUAUCGAAUGACAUUGGACCUUUUGUUAUAUAAAUCAGUAAAAAAAAAAGAGCGGUCUCUCACGGUAGAUGGACAUAUACUAUUUUUCCUCUCUCGUUCGUUUUUUUUCUUUUUAUAGUAACUUAAUGUUCACAGUCUUUUUUUGUAACCUUUUAGUAAUGUGGGUUGAGGAUUGAGUUGAUACACGUGUACAUACAUGAAACUCGUUGUUUCUAACGAUCUAAUCGAUUAUUAACUUGAAAUCUGAUCGGAGAGGGGAUGCGAAAGGAAGGAUGUCGUGCAGGAUUCGUUUGCGUCUUGCGUAUGUGCGUAUCUUGGCCGAGUGUAUGCUUAUCAAUGUGCAAUGUAACGUACAAACAUGAAAUUCAGUCGACGAUGAUGGCGAGAAUUUCAAUAAAUCGGCCUGCAUCCUCGUCCAAAUCAAUAUGCAACAUAUGAAUGAGUGAGUGAGAGAGAGAGGAGGGAGGGAAGAAGGGAGAGAGAGAGAGAAUGAAUGAAUGAAAACGAAAUAGUGAUGCCUGCGGAUCGUUCGAGACCUUGCUCAGAGAUUUUAUCGUUUGAAUGAAAAAAAAGAAGUGGCUCAAGAAAGAAAUUGUUUAUUAUAUUUUUGCACACAUGUGGUUUCAUACACCCAUAUUUCAUCGAAUCAUUGCCUCUUUAAAAUAAAACAAAGUUAUUACCAUUUUCUUCAUACGUUUUCCUUUCGAUAUUUUUUUUCUUUGCGAGAGAAUAUUCGAUGCGAAAUCAUUGCCGCCGGUGAGUAAAAAUUCUUACAAUUCUAUUGUCGUACUUAAUGAUCGUUAUACAAUACUAUAUAACGGACAACCGUCCUUAAGCGCCUAACUUUAUGUAAUACGACUCGAUCGUUGAUUAAAUGAUACUCGAAAUACGAUAGAUAUAUAUUCUUUUUGCUACACGCAAUGAAAAAUAAAAAAAACAUAGAUAAGAGCUUUUUCUACGAUAAACAGUCACUGCACGAAACUUGGUAUAUAUAAACUGUAAGAAACGUACGAAAUUACAUGUCUAUUAUUGCUAUACAUUACCUCUUGGUCGAGAAAUAAUCUUGAAUCGCAUUCGAUUGUAUACACGUAAUCAUGUUUUAUCGAUUAGAUAAAUGCAUUUUCGUUAUUCGAUCUUUGGUUUACUAUCCUUAUCAUUCUUACUUUCUCUACGGCCCGUCCUUUCUAUCUUGUUACUCUUCUAGAGAAAGUAGUAUCUUCGUAUAUUCUUAAGCGAUAACAACACCGGUAUCAUCGCCGGCAGGAACAAGGGAAUAUACACUGCAUAUCUGCAACAUUAUCAUAAAAUUAUCUCUUAUUCUCUUUUCUGUAAAUGUGCCUCUUAUUAAUUUUAUACAAAAUGAAAUCUGGGAAUAACCGAUAAACUUUUAUAGGAAAAUAUUGCAUUAAUUAUACUGGAUGUUCCUAAACAUGUGCGAAAAGUUUCGCAUGAUUCCUUGGACAAUAAAAAAAAAUUCAUAUACUCUAAUAUCCUCAAUCAUCAUCGGUAUUGUUUUCGAGAGUUACAAGGUGUUCAAGAUGUAAAAAAAAAUUUCAAAAAUUUAUUUUGACAAAAAAAAUUAAAAUUAUAGGAAUUGUUAGAAAUGACCAUUUUCAGCCAUGAUACAUGAAUCUGUUUUCCUUCUCAUCGAUUGGCAAAUACAUUCAAAAAUACUAGAUGUAUUACGGAUUGUUUUGCAUGAUGCAAUUAUGCGAUUUCUUAAAUUUUCAAUAUUUUUAAUCGAGAUGCUAUAAACUAAGGAUUUAAGAUAAUCCUAGAGGAAAAAAAUCCAAGGGAUUCAAUUUUGGGGACCAAAGGUUGAGAUCCUGCUUGACUUAUCCAAUGAUUAGGACAUAUAUCUUGUAUCUAAGAAAACUAUGCCGUUUGGCAUCAGUAUAUAUGAACUUUUCUUCAAGAAAUUAUCCAAGAUAUGACCUCUCGAAUUUUUUCGCAUAUAUUUAGGACAUCCUGUAUAUGUUAUAUUUCUUUCUUUCUCUUCCAAAUUGCACGCAAUAAAAUUAUUAUUUAUUAUUAUUAUUAUUAUUUAUUAAUCCGUGCCUUACGGCUUUGGAUGACCUCCAGUUAUACAAUUGUUAUUUUGUCUUUGUGUUUGUGUUUUUUAAAAUGUGUUUUUAUAAUGACUUAUAGUUAUCUAAUAAUACUCCCCUAUAAUAUAACGAACAUUAAAAUUAUUUUAAAUAAAAACUCUUAACUUCCAUAACUUCAAUAAGCUAAAAUUAAUUCAAAUAACUCAUAUACUUCAUUUAACUCUGCUAAAUAGAUUUCCCUAAUAAAAAAUAAACUCAACUAACUAAAAUAUAUCAAAAAUAAAAUAAUAAUGAUGUAAUGCAAAUAACUUUCAACUAGAAACAAAAUACAAAAACUAAAACUGCAAUAGCUAUUGCAUCUAAAUUACAUAUUACAUAUUAAAUAUUCAACAUUCCUAAUGUUUCUAACUACCUAUCAAUUUUCUUUAGUAUUCAUCGUCUGUUUUCGUCUAUCUUCCUUUAUAUUACUCCUUCAUCCUCACUGGUCUCAUCUCCUUUCUUCUGUUCCUUUUCCUUCUUCCUAAUUAUAUCUAUCCUAUUCAUUAAUUCAUAGCUUUUUCCAUCUCCUUUUAAGAAUUCUUCUACUGGCGUUUCAUCUUUAGUCUCCUCGCAUUCUUUCAGCACAUGUACCGUUUUCUAUUCCUUCUCCGCAUACUCUACAUUUCCUUUCUUCCUCUUCUCUCCAGUGUUGAUUUCAUUUCCGCAUCUAAAUCUUGCUAUCAAACUCCUAUCCUUCUUUCCUCUUCUUCUUCGCAAAUAUGCUGGUAUUUCUUCCAUCAUUAUAUUUUUAUAUACAGGGUGAUUCAAAACAACCUGAUGUCCUUGAAAUGUCAUAUUCUUGAGCAAAUUCUGGGACGAUUUUUUCCUUUGCAAAAUUUUGUCCGAAACUCAGUUUUUAAAUUAUAAUUGAAAAUAUUUAGCUACUUACAAGUUCGGGACAAUGGGCAGGCAAGGAUGGCGCAACGCGUCACGAGCCUCACUUCACAAUUUCACAAUAAAUAUCACUGGAAACAUUACUGUUUUUACUGCAGUAUUUUAUUAUCAUUCGCAAAUAUCAAUUUCCACACAAAUUAAGGUAUAAAAUGCCACGAUAAAUAAUAUUUAUUGUAAAAUUGUGAAGUGAUGAGUCUCGUGACAUGUUGUGUCGUCCCUGCCUGCCCGUUGUACCGUACUUAUAAGUAGCUAACUAUUUUCAAUUAUAACUCAAAAACUAAGCUUCGGAUAAAAUUUUGUAAAAGGAGAAAUCGUCUCAGAAUUCGCUUAAGAAUAUGACAUUUCAAGGAUAUCAGAUUGUUUUGAAUCACCCUGUAUUUCAUUGUAUUUGGACUCUUCUAUUUUCUUUCUUCUCUUUCCUCCUUUUCUUUCUUUCCAUUAUUUCCUGAACUAUCUUCUUUGCUUCUAUGUUUUCCCUCAGCUCCUCCUUACUUAUUUCCGCCUUAUCUUCUCCUCUUUUCCCAUUUAUUCUCUUCGCUGCUUCUUCCACUCCUCUCUAGCUCCUUCAUACAUUCCACCACUAACCUUUUUUCGUCUGACGUGCAGUUUUCUCGUACUUAAUUGUUCUUUUCUUUGUCUCCAGACUCGAUUCCUUUAUCUUAGUUUCUUCCGUUAAAAUAUAGUUCGGUGUUCUUAUAUCUAGUCCUAAAAUCCAUUUCACAUAUUUUCUUUUUAUUCUACUCAGCCUUUCUUCUUUCUUCCAUCCCCAAAUCUUUGCUCCGUACAAUGCCACACUUCCAACCAAUGUGUCGAACAUCUUCAUUCUUCUCUUGUAAGCAUCCUUGAAUAACCUCUCUCCAAUACUCCAAGUCAAUUUCAUUGCAAUCGUCGCUCUUCUCAUUCUUUUCAAUACAUGUUUCUCUGCUCCUCCGUUCUUUUGCAUUAUAUAUCCUAGAUAUUUUACUUCUUUCACCUCUUCUAUAUUCUCUUCACUCCAUUUCCAUUCUCUUCUUCCUAUACUCCUUCCUUUCUCAAAUAUCAACACUUUUGACUUUUGAGUGUUCAAAAUCAAUCCUUUCCUUUCUAUAUAUUUCUUUAAUUUUCUCAUCAUUCCUUUUAACUCCUGCUCACUUUUUGCCAGCAAAACUAUAUCAUUCGCGUAUGUGAUCAACCAAAACUUUUCUUUCCCCACUACUAUUCCCCCCGUCUAUUCUUUUCUCAUCUCUGCCUCCAAAUCCAUCAUAUACACAUUGAACAGCGUAGCACUCAUAGGACAUUCCUGUCUCACUCCGCUUCUUGUCCAGAACUUUGUUCUUCUAUUUCCCACUUUUACCUUGUUCUUCGUUUUGUUUAUAUGUUUCCAUAAUCCUCUUUCUCAGCGUUCUCCUAUACCUGUCUUCUUCAUCAUUUCUCCCAGUUUCGUUCUGUCUACCUUAUCAAACGCCGCCGUGAGAUCUAUAAAUAAUGCAAAGAUCUUUCCUCUUUUCUUCGAAAUUUCUUUAUUAACUACAUAAUUUAACACAUAUUGCAUCAAUUGUGCCUCUUCUUGCUCUAAAACCAAACUGUCCUUCCUCCAGUUUCAUUUCUACUUCCUACGUGAGUUUCUCAUUCAAAAUGUUCGCAUAAAUCUUAUAGUGUUCUUGUAGUUACUAUGUCCAUCAGAGUCACUCCUCAAUAGUUCUUUACGUCGCCUUUUUCUCCUUUCUUAUAAAUUGGACUGAUUAAUCCUCUAUUCCAUUCUUCUGAAAUUCUUCCUUCCUCCAUAUUUUGUUUAGUAGUUUUAAGAAUACCUCUCCUAUCUCUUUCGGCAUUAAUCUCCAAACUUCAUUUUCUAUUCCGUUUUCUCCCGGUACUUUUUCUUUUUUUAAUCUCUUCAAUUGUUUCAUUAGCUCUUCCCUCGUUAUUUUUUCCGUUUCUUCUCCAUUCUUCUCUAUUCCUUCCUCUUUUUCUCUUCUCUCUUCCUUCUCUUCUAUUAUCAUUCUUUUCUUUGUUCCUCCUAAUAACUUCAUGAAAUGCAAAUUCCAACUUUCCAAAUCUAUAUUCUCAUCUAUUUUCUCCCUCUUCUUUCUAUAUUUAUUGAUAUAUUUCCAUGCCUCUUCCUCAGUUCUUAUUAAUUUUCUCUUUUCCUCUUCUUCUUUUUCGUGUUUGUUCUUUUCGUUGUCACACUAUAUUUUAUAUUCCUUCCUUUUUCUAAUAUAUUUUUCUCGGUUAAUCUUUCCUUUUUUCAUCCUUCUCAGUUCUUUUCUCAGCUCUCUUUUUUUUUGUUCUCCAUUCUUUGCUAUGCCAUUGUCUUCUUCCUAAUUUCCACGGUAUUAUUUUUUUCUUAAUUUUCAAUAACGAAUUAUUUUAUUCUCUAUUUCUCUCCAGAUCUCCCUGUUCUGUCUGUGUGCAUGACCAAUCUUCACAUUUUCCGUGGUAAUGCUCGAUCCCUUCUUCUGUCCAUACACUUCUUUCAAUCUUGAUUCUAUCAGUCUUUUGACUGCUUCUUCUUUUUGUGCCUUCUAAUUCCAUUUGCAAUGGUAUGUGAUCCGACUCUGUUCUAUUUCCUUCUUCCAUCUUUUUAACUUCUUCUAUCGCUUUUUCGUUUGUUACAACGUAAACUAUAACCAAUGAUCCUGAUUCUCCGAUGUAUGUCCAUUCCCCUUUCUUCUCAUAACUUCAAUUCAAUAUCAUCCAUCCUCUUUCUUUUAACUUGUUUAUCAUUAUUCGUCCUUCUCUAUUUGUUACUUUACCCCUUGAUCUUCUUAUCUCCCCUUCCUUCUUUCUUUCUGUUCCUAUCGGACCACCUUCCUCUCCCGUUCUCGCGUUAAAAUCUCCUCCUAUCAUUAAAUAUCCUUCUUUUUCCUCUUUUAUUUCCUCUAUUAAAUUUUCCAAUGUUUCUUCAAUAUUUUGACUAUACAACCCCAGCAAACACAGAAUAUAACUGCUAUAUAACAUGGGAAUAACAUGUAAUGUAACGGUUGUUAUACCUAAUUUAUAUUGGGAUUAUAUAACUAUCUCUUAUUUAAGCAAUAUAACACCAAAAUAUAACUGUUAUGUAACAUGGGAGUAACAUGUAAUGUAACAGUUGUUAUACC